GACUUCACCGCUGGCACCAUGAGGAUGGAACACAGGAAUGUGCAUCAGGGACAGUGUGCACAUGUGACACAUCUCUGUGUAACAGUGUAAAUGUGUCCUCAACCCUCCCAACAGAAUCCACACCAACAACUGCUAACAACACGUUCCGCUGCUGGUUCGGGGAGAAACAUCCUCAUACAGGGGAGGAGAAUUGGAAGAUCGAGGAGUGCGAGGAGAAAGAAACCUACUGUUAUCAAAUGGUACAUGGAGAAGGAGAAACCAGAACGGAAUCUAGACAAUGCUGGAAUCUUGCAUAUGAGGAUGGAAAAUAUUCUGGUGCUGGGUGCUACAAAGGAGAAUUAUGCCACCAUGAACAUUGCUACAAUGAUACUACAGUCUGCUUAUGUACGGAAUCUGAAUGUAAUGACUGGAGUGCUACAGGAAAUGUUACAACUGAUGUUCCUGUAACCGGAGGAAGUGGAUUACUCUGUUAUUCAGGAACAUUUGAUAAUUACGAGGCUAAACCUUGUGCUGAAUCUGAGACCCUAUGUAUGGGAUUUUCUGGGGGUCAAGGAACCUUUGAUUGCUAUGAUCCACAGACGAAUGACGCACUGUUUGUGACCAACGGUUGCUGGGAUGGAGUAGAUAUAGAACAAACUCAAGAUUCUACAGUUGGAAGAUUAUGUCUUUGCUCUGAUGAACCGUUGUGUAAUGAGAGGUUUAAAGAUCAACCUGGAGGAGCAGGAUAUAUUCUUCUAAACCCUGUAUUCGUUCCAACCUUGAUCGUUGUUUGGAUAUUAUCAGCGGUGCAGAAACCAGUUUAAGUAUGGAUGGGAUCAAAAAUCAGUAUAGUAUAGGAUCAUGUUAAUCUUUUUUCAAUAAAAACAAAUAUAUAUACAAUACAUGA